GUAAUCUGCGGAGCGCUGCUCAACCUGAAGAAAGGAAGUUGGCCUGGAAGCGCCUGGGUAGUGUUGGCGAGGCCCCGGGCAGCCGCGGUGGCUGCUUUGACCAGUUGAGAGCGGCGAGAUGGGAGACGAGAUGGACGCCGUGAUCCCCGAGCGGGAGAUGAAGGAUUUUCAGUUUAGAGCGCUGAAGAAGGUGAGAAUCUUUGACUCCCCUGAGGAGCUGCCUAAGGAACGCUCAAGUCUACUUGCCGUGUCCAACAAGUAUGGCCUGGUCUUUGCCGGUGGAGCCAGUGGGUUGCAGAUUUUUCCUACCAAAAAUCUUCUUAUUCAGAAUAAACCUGGAGAUGAUCCCAAUAAGAUAGUUGAUAAAGUUCAGAGCCUGCUGGUUCCUAUGAAAUUCCCGAUACAUCACCUGGCCCUAAGCUGCGAUAACCUCACGCUUUCCGUGUGCAUGAUGUCCAGUGAAUAUGGUUCCAUUAUUGCUUUUUUUGAUGUUCGCACCUUUUCAAAUGAGGCUAAACAGCAGAAACGUCCGUUUGCCUAUCAUAAGCUCUCGAAAGAUGCAGGAGGCAUGGUGAUCGAUAUGAAGUGGAACCCUACCGUCGCCUCCAUGGUGGCAGUUUGUCUGGCCGAUGGCAGCAUUGCUGUCCUGCAAGUCACAGAAACCGUGAAAGUGUGUGCCACUCUUCCCUCCACAGUAGGAGUAACAUCUGUGUGCUGGAGCCCCAAAGGAAAGCAGCUGGCAGUGGGCAAACAGAAUGGGACUGUGGUCCAGUAUCUUCCUACUUUGCAGGAAAAAAAAGUCAUCCCUUGUCCACCGUUUUAUGUGUCAGAUCAUCCUGUCCGAGUUCUGGAUGUGCUGUGGAUCGGCACCUAUGAAUUCACAGUGGUCUAUGCCGCUGCGGACGGGACCUUGGAAACGUCUCCAGAUGUGGUGAUGGCUCUGCUCCCGAAAAAAGAAGAAAAGCACCCAGAGGUGUUCGUGAACUUCAUGGAGCCCUGCUACGGCAGCUGCACAGAGAGGCAGCAUCACUACUACCUGAGCUACGUGGAGGAAUGGGAUUUAGUGCUGGCAGCAUCCGCGUCUUCGAUAGAAGUUAGUAUCCUUGCUCGACAGAGCGGCCAGAGUAAUUGGGAAUCUUGGCUGCUAGAGGAUUCGAGUCGAGCUGAGCUGCCUGUGACAGACAAGAGUGAUGAUUCCCUGCCCGUGGGAGUCGCCAUAGAUUUUACCAACCAAGUGGAAAUCACCGUCAAUGAUGAGAAGACUCUUCCUCCUGCUCCAGUUCUUAUGCUGCUUUCGACAGACGGUGUGCUUUGUCCAUUUUACAUGAUCAAUCAAAAUCCUGGCGUCAGGUCCCUCCUCAGGACACCAGAGCGGCUCUCGUUAGAAGGAGAGCGACAACCCAAGUCAUCAGGAAGCACCCCUUCCACCCCAACCUCCUCUCAGGCCCCACAGAAGCUCGAUGCUCCAGCAGCCGUAGCUCCUGCCUCUGUUCUGCCCUCACCACCGGCGGCUCCCGCCUCCACCUUCUCCUUGCCUCCCGCCGUGGGAGCCCCUGCCGUGUUCUCCUUUGGUUCUUCAUCCUCGAAAGCAUCUGGUCCUGUCGCUGGGGAGGCCCCUCCGUUCUCCAGUGGCUCUGACAGCUCCAAAGCGGCCCCGGGCUCUGGCGCAGCCAGCUUCUCUUUCGCGCCUCCUCCUCCUCCAGCUUCCCUCACGCUCACCCCUGCGGCCUCUCCCAUGGCACCACCAUCGGCCUCGUUCUCCUUCGGAUCAUCGGGUUUUAAGCCUACCCUGGAAAGCACACCGAUGCCAAGUGUGUCCACUCCAAACAUAGGAAUGAAGCCCACCUUCCCGCCAUCAGCGUCUGCGGUCAAGGUCAACCUUAGCGAAAAGUUUACUGCCUCGGCCCCCGCGGCUCCAGCUCCGGUGCACAGCUCACAGAGCGCGCCCUCCAUGCUGCCCUUCUCUGCCUCGAAGCCGGCCUCCUCUGGAGCCCUCAACCACCCCGCGCCCCUCUCGGCCUCAGCCACGUGCGUGUCGUCCAAGUCCUCGGGCUCCCCGUCGGCAGCACGAUCCUCCCAGGGCAGCCCAAAUCCAGUGCCCUCGCUGGUGCAGAAAUCACCUAGGAUAACCCCUCCGGUGGCCAAGCCAGGCUCUGCUCAGGCAAAAUCACUUCAGCCGCCUGUUACAGAAAAGCAGGGACAUCAGUGGAAAGAAGCAGAUCCUGUGAUGGCUGGAAUUGGGGAGGAGAUCGCUCACUUUCAGAAGGAGCUGGAGGAGUUGAAAGCCCGAACUUCCAAAGCCUGUUUCCAAGUGGGCACUCCUGAGGAGAUGAAGAUGCUGCGGACAGAGUCAGAUGAGCUGCACACCUUUCUUUUGGAGAUUAAAGAGACCACGGAGUCUCUUCAUGGAGAUAUAAGUACCCUGAAAACAACUUUACUGGAGGGCUUUGCUGGUGUUGAAGAAGCCAGAGAACAAAACGAGAGGAAUCGGGACUCCGGGUACGUGCACCUGCUCUACAAGAGGCCUCUGGAUCCCAAGAGCGAGGCUCAGCUCCAGGAAAUUCGGCGGCUUCAUCAGUACGUGAAGUUUGCUGUCCAGGACGUGAAUGACGUUCUAGACUUGGAGUGGGAUCGGCAUCUGGAGCAGAAGAGAAAACAAAAGCGCCUGCUUGUACCAGAGCGAGAGACACUGUUUAACACGCUUGCCAACAACCGGGAAAUCAUCAACCAGCAGAGGAAGCGGCUGAAUCACCUGGUGGAUAGUCUCCAGCAGCUCCGUCUUUAUAAGCAGACCUCCCCGUGGAGCCGAGGCUUGGAUGCCCCCUCCCAGUGCAGCACUCAGAGUUUUGACAGUGACCUUGAGAGCCUGCGCAACGCUCUGUUGAAGACGACCCUAGAGUCUCACUCCAAACCCUUGCCCAAGGUACCAGCUAAACUAUCCCCGGUGAAACAGGCACAGCUGAGAAACUUCUUAGCCAAGCGGAAGACCCCACCAGUGAGAUCCACUGCUCCAGCCAGCCUGUCUCGGUCGGCCUUCCUGUCUCAGAGAUACUACGAAGACUUGGAUGAAGUGAGUUCAACGUCGUCCAUCUCCCAGUCUUUGGAGAGUGAGGAUGCGCGGGCCUCCGGGAAAGAGGAGGAGGCAGCGGUCCAGGUCCCCCGGCACGCUCCUGUGGCUCGAACGCCCUCCAUCCAGCCCAGUCUCUUGCCCCAGGCGACGCCUUUUGCUAAGUCUCCCCUGAGUCAUGGUUCGCCUGCUGGGGUGGGAACUUCAGUGUCUACAUCUCCGAGCAAGGUGAUUCCUCAAGGGGCUGAUAGCACGAUGCUCGCAACCAAGACCGUGAAGCAUGGUGCCCCUGGGCCUUCCCACCCCAUCUCCGCUCCCCAGGCGGCCGCCGCUGCCGCCCUGAGACGGCAGAUGGCCAGCCAGGCACCAGCUGUAAGUACUUUGACUGAGUCAACUUUGAAGAAUGUCCCUCAGGUGGUGAAUGUGCAGGAAUUGAAGAACAAUCCUACCACCCCCUCUGCAGCCAUGGGCGCUUCAGUGCCGUACUCUGCAGCCAAGACUCCUCACCCCGUGCUGAGCCCCGUGACUGCUAACCAGACUAAGCAGGGGUCGCUGAUAAAUUCCCUAAAGCCACCCGGGCCCACCCCAGCAUCCAGUCAGUUGUCUUCUGGUGAUAAAGCUUCAGGACCAGGGGCAGCCAAGAUAGAAGCAGCUGUGACUUCCACUCCAUCUGCUGUUGGGCAGUUCAGCAAGACUUUCUCCUUUUCUCCGUCAGGGACUGGAUUCAAUUUUGGGAUGAUCCCACCAGCACCAUCGUCUAGUUUCACUGCCGCACAAGGGCCACCGCCCCCCAGUAAAGAGUCAAGCCAGCUCGCCCCGUUCUCCUUUGGCGGGGGAGGCAAACCGUUUUAUGAGACCGGGCCCGAGAGCCCCGCUCCCUCAGGAGGGACGACGUCAACUGCCCCCGGACCUGCCGCCGCCUCCCCCGGAGAGCCCGCUGCACCCGGCAGCAGAGCCACGGCGCCCUCUGGACCCUCUGGACCCUCUGCUCCGGUGCCUUCCACCCCUGCGGGCAAGCCGGAAGCUCCGCCGUCCAAGGCGGGAGAGCUCCUCUUUCCAAGCUCUCUGGCUGGAGAGACCCUGGGAAGUUUCUCGGGCCUGCGGGUUGGCCAAGCGGAGGAUUCUGCGAAGCCGGCCAACAAGGCUUCCUCCGGCGGCCUCGCUGGUGCCGGCGCUCAGCCCCCCAAGCCGUCGCCCUUCAGUUUCGCGGGCCCGGCCGCCCCGGCCGCCGCCAGCACCAGCGCCCCCAGCUCUGCGGCCGGCGUCUUCAGCAGCCUGCCGCCCACCACGGCCGGCUCCUCGGGGGUCAUCAGCUUUGGGGGGAUGUCGCUGAGUGGCGCUAAGACCGGCUUUUCAUUUGGAGGCCCACCGACGAGUGGUGCCGCGCCCUCCUCUGCCCCGUCGGCUACCACUGCCCCUUCGCUGCCUGCGUCGUUCACCUUGUCGUUUGGGGGCCUCCUGAGCUCGGCGUCUGCUCCCACCCCGCCCGUGGCCUCUGGUAAAAGCGCCGAAGAAGCCGCGCCGUCAGCUUUGCCUGAGAAGCCGGGCGGCAGCGAGGCCUCGGCACCAGCCGCCUCCCUUCUGGGGCAGCACCCAGCAGCCCCGCUGCCCCAGGCUCCUCUUCCGGCUUCGGACUCUGUCAAGAAAGAACCCGCUCCGCCCCAGCCCGCCGUCAGCAACCCCAGCGCUGCGGCGUCCGGGUCCGUUGUCGCAGCGCCUCCCGUGGAGCCCACGCCAGCGGCCCCCGGGAGCCCCGACGUCCAGCCAGAGCCGCCAGCGCCCAGCCUUUCCGCGCCCGGGCAGGCCGCCAUCGCCGCACCUGCAGUCGCAAGCCCGGUCCCUGCGGCCCCAGAAACAUCCCGACCCCCCGCAACCGCCAGCGUUGUGUCCAGUGCUGGCCCGAGCCCCGCCGCGGAGACGCCGGUGUUCGGGACUGUCACUUCGGGCUCGUCUGUCUUUACUCAGCCACCUGCCAGCAGUUCUAGCUCAGCUUUCAGCCAGCUCACCGGCAACCCAGCCACUGCCCCCUCUGCCACCCCCAUGUUCGGGCAGGUGGCCGCCAGCACGGCGCCAAGCCUGUUCGGGCAGCAGACAGGCAGCCUCGCCAGCACGGCGGCUGCCACGCCGCAGGUCAGCAGCGCGGGGUUCGGCAGUCCGGCUUUUGGCGCCUCCAGCACAGGGGUCUUUGGACAGACGAGCUUCGGGCAGGCCCCGGCCUUCGGGCAGUCGACAAGCAGCCCCGGGAGCGUCUUUUCCUUCAGUCAGCCCGGCUUCAGCUCCGUGCCCGCUUUUGGUCAGGCUGCGUCCUCCACCCCCGCCUCCAGCAGUGGGAAUGUCUUCGGUGCCUCUUCAAGCACCAGCAGCUCCAGCUCCUUCUCGUUCGGACAGUCUUCUGCCAACACCGGAGGGGGGCUCUUUGGCCAGAGCAACCUUCCUGCCUUUGGUCAGAGUCCUGGCUUCGGGCAGGGAGGCUCUAUGUUUGGUGGCACCUCGGCCGCCACCACGACAGCCUCAUCCUCGGGGUUUAGCUUUUGUCAAGCUUCAGGUUUUGGGUCUAGUAAUACUGGUUCUUUGUUUGGUCAAGCAGCCAAUACCGGGGGCACAGUCUUCGGCCAGCCAUCGUCCUCUUCUGGCGGAGGUAUGUUCGGGUCUGGAAACACUGGAAGAGGGGGCGGUUUCUUCAGCGGCCUCGGAGGGAAACCCAGCCAGGACGCAGCCAACAAAAACCCAUUCAGCUCGGCCAGCGGGGGCUUUGGAUCUACAGCCACCCCAAGAUUGAAAUGACUUGGAAUGAAUGCAAGCAGACAAGCAUAAAAGAGAGCAUCAGAACAAGCUGGCUGUGCGUGGAAAAGGAGCAGCUGGAUUUUCAUUUGUGUUGGACUCUCUUUGAAUUUGCUUGAAAAUUCCGCUACUGUAGAGAAAUGUCGCACAAAAGUUGAAGCCUUCAUUAUUUCUCAUCUCUUACAUUUUUGUCUUAUUUUCAAAUGAAGCUGUGUCUUUCUGCUGGCACUUUCUUCUCCAGCUAAUUCCUUGUUGAUCUGUCUCUUCAUGGUUGGAAAUGAAAGAAAUGCGUUUGUUUAAAUCUUGGGAAAAAUAGAUACCCUGCCGCCGGCGGAGACUGAGCUGUGACGUCGGGAGCCUGUCAUCUUCACCUUAGCCUCUCUUGCUGAAUAUGCCGGACAGGAAGCGUCUCUCUGCUGUGCUGGACCAGGUCUAAUGGUGGAGAGCGAGGGUCCUGUGGACACAGGACAGACACGUCCUUGAUGUCAAGGCUCAUGUAGCCAAAAGCAAAACGUGAUCCUGGGUCUCCUGGAGUCACAGAUCAGUUAUUUUAAUAUCACCGUUCAUCUGGUGAUACACAAGGAAAAGUAUAGUCAAGACACAUACCUCUUAACUUGUGAAAGUAUAGAAUCAGAAAUUUUGGUUCUGCUAGGAGGAACUUAGAACCCUAGAAUGAAGGGAUCUCAGAAAUCCAAUCUAGUAAUUUGCAGACACGUUCUUAAGCAGAAUCCUGAUACAGAAAGCAGAUAAAAAUGGGUUCUUCAGAGGCAGAGGCCAAGCGCCAGACACACACCUGGUGGUUUCCCCAUCCUCUCCCCAGCUCCGCGCGGAGCUGCAGGGCUCCGCACACACACGCUCCGAACGUGCGGUCCUUGUGCGGCACCCUCCAUGCUCCAGUAAGGAAACCAGCCCAGAGUGGGUAGGUGAGUUUCAGUCACGAACGUGGCCAGAACGUGGCAGACCUGAAAUCCACCCGCUCCUUCCUACAUAAUGUGCCCACUACGGCCUCUGGCACCGAUUAGACAUUUGAUAAAACAUGCUAGUGAGAAACGUGGCUUGAUCCCAUAGGUAGUUUAUUGUCUGCACGAUGGUGUUACUGGCCUGUUUUGUUCAAACAUAGCUCUGUCAGAUCCUUGUGAAAUUUCCUUUCCUCCUGUCAGAUUCAUCUUUACUGCCACGGCUCUUACCCAUCAGAAGCUGCCUUCUCUCGGCAGCGGCUGGAGCUGGCUCACACCUGCUCACGGGAGCCAGCUGUGCACACUGCUUCCCAGCUCUCUGCCCAGUGACAUCAGGGGUAUUUAUUUACACCAUGGAAAUGGGUCAAGGCUGCAAAUCGGGGAGCCCUGCCCCCGCCUGUUCCUAGGCACACCAUUGUUUUUAAUUCUUUAAUUCUUUUUUAAAAUAAAUACAUGUAUCU